AUGCCACUAUAUUGUAUGGAGAAACUAAACACAAGCGACUGUAAGCAAACACCCAAAAACGUGUUCUCCUACUACAAACCAGGCUCCCGAUGUGAGAUAGAAGUAUGGAGGGGCUGUCCUAGCAGUAACAAGUUCGACACGGAAGAAGAAUGCUCAGAGACAUGCAUCUACAGAAAUGUUGACCUCGAAAUAAAAACUAAAGAUAAAUUAAAUGAUAAAUGUCUAUCAACGCCUGAAUUAACCGAUUGUGAUGAAAAGAUGCAUAACGUGUUCAAAUACGAUUCAUUAUUGAGAGACUGCGUCGAAAUCUCGACUAGCUGUAAGUCUCCAAACGUGUUCGAAGAGAAAUUAGAUUGUAUUGAGAAGUGUGUACGAGAACUAUCCUGGGAGGAAAAACUUAAACUGACUUCAGAAAGACAGAUAAAAGAACUGGAUUCGAUAUUAGAGAAUCUGUUCAAUCAAACUAAUAUCGAUGGGGACGGGUCGCAGAGUGUGGAAAGCACGGAUACAGGCAAUUCAUCACAUACUGGUACACCAUCACUCGCAAAUUCCACUAAUGAUAAUGACAAAACUCAAGCUACGAACCCAGGUGAAAAGCUGAAAGGAGAUGGAAAAACGGACAAUACAAUCGGCCUUAAUAACACAAUAACUACGGUAGAAGGGAAUGGAAAAAUAACUGAUGGACAGAACACUAAUGAAAUAGAAAAUUCCACGGAUAAAACGACGAGGGUAUCAGGCACGGUGCCCUUUGUAGAAAUUAAAUAA